AUGUCAAACAGCUCGAUCUAUAUCGACAGGGUACUGAUUACGCCGGCACAAGACCGCACGUUCGGGCCGGACCAAUGGCAAGUGACGGCGGCUGCAGCUGGGCUGUCCAAGUUGGCUUACGAGCUCGAUCCUCGAACUGUGUUCGAGUCUAAUGCGGUGGAGAGUCUUCGUCGCUUACGCGAGUGCGGCUUGAUUGAUGAGGUUUGGCUACUAGAACGUCACAAUGAUGCGAGCGGAUCUCGAGCGCCCCAGAGAGCCGUUCUAGCCUGCGCUGCUCGCCCUCGUCCGAUGGCAUAUCUCGCUUUCUGUGGAACGAGCGGCCCUAGCGAUUGGCAUAGUCGUGGUACAGCCCGACCGCGCCCGGAGGAGGCACUAGGACUGCUUCUUCAUCGCGGCUAUGCCGAUAGAGCCAGCGAAUGGGUCGACCUUGCUGCUUAUCUGGUGCUGGUGCUCAGAAAACGGUUGGUUCUGUGUGGUCAUAGUCUUGGGUGAGCAUAAGCGAGUGUGUAGACGCAUUUUCGUUGCUUACAUGCUGAUCUUUGGAGCCAUACUGCCUGUCGACAAUUUCGACCUCGCAGCGGCUCAGUCGCCACUGCUCUUGGUCUGAAGCUACUUGGCGAGACCGGAUUCGCUCAAUUUCGCGACGUGUGGUCUACAGGAGCACCCGAACAGGCCUUGCAGCGUGUGCAGGAUACUGUAAUGCACUUCUCGAAGCCAUGGCCAAGCAAGCAGCCGCGAGUAUCCGUCAUCACCUUUGGAGCACCCACCGUGGUCCUGCAAGAGAAAAAUACGCACGCGUCACCUGACGAUGCGACACUCUUCCGCACGCACCAUCAUUUUAUGGUCUCGAUGGAUCCCGUCCCAUUUGCAUACACGCAUCUGCGUUCUUUACUUCGAACCACAAGCCUGAAUCUCGCCUCGAACGAGACUCUCAUGCGAGGGCUGGUGGAGCUCUUGGUGCUUCCUCUUCACACGAUCCAUCCGACUGUCAGCUUCGCGACGCGAGAUGCAUUGAUGCUGCUCUUGAAGUGGACGAUUGAAUCCCUCGACAGUCACACGCCUAGCCUACACUCCGGUAAUUUGCUCAUCAGCGAUGGAGACUCGUUUACGAAAGUCACGAAUGACGACUUCCGCUUGCGCGCCGACCUUUCUGCGACAGGGCUCAUACAGAACGCAGAUGGCCCUCUCUCCGAUGGGACCUUUCAACAGCACGCGAUGGACCACUACGUUCGCAAAGUGAUGGUAGCUGCUCGUCAUCAUUUUCCCGCCCGAAUUCCUGCCAGGUCUUCACUUGACAGUGCGCUGCAGUUCAAGCAAACGCUGAUAUCUUCUGAUAUGCACUGCACCAUGACGGGUGAGCAACAGGCGGAUAACUUCACUUUUCGAAUCACCGCGACGCCAACUUCGGUCGGCGCACUCGCUCUGGUUCGAGUAGAGAACGAGGGCGAAUCCCCUCCCCUGCGGUACGAUUUGAAGCGCAUUGAAGGAACCUCCACUUCUGUAUGUUGCUCUCGAGCACUCGGUUCAAGCUGUGGAGGAAUGCUGACCGUCGUCCAUCCAUCUCAGGUGACCUACACCUUUACACAUCGCGUGGCGCUCGAGAGCAGCGGCGAAGAAUGGCCGAGGCUGUAUGGGCAACUGAGCACACAGAUGUGUGCCAUCGACCUCUUCGGCGAAAGACACGUCAUUCCACCUUUUGGAAUCCGUACGCCACCUCUACGUGAAGUAAUGAGUCCCAGCCCGGAGGACGUCUUUCGGACAGUUCUCAUUCACUGCCAGCUCCAUUGGCUGCAGCAAAGCUUCGAGGACAGGCCGAUUGGCCUGCAUUACCGUGAACAAGCCCAGUACAUCGACCAGAUCCUGGGCCGCGCCUCUCCUCACUUGUUCAUCACUAACUUGCCACGGCUUUGGCCCUUGAUCGUCCAGGCAUGGAAGCUCACUCCGGCCACAGCUCAGAGCUACACACCGGCAAAUCCGAUAUCAGCAUUUGUGCCCAAGAUGCACGAUCAGCAAAUGCAGAACCUGUUCAACGGUCUUAUUUCGCGCAUGCUCGAUUCAAACGUCGAGCGUCAAAUGACAGCGCUCAUCCGGGUGCGCCGUCAAGAUUCCACAGAGGAGCCACUUAGCUCGUACAGACGCUCACAAAAAGAUCAUGAGGCUAAGAAAAUUUGGAAAAGCUGGCGUUCUUACCCCGAUGGCGCCCUGCGCCACGUCGCCAUGCCUUCUCUGGUCGCUAGCCUUGACGAGUAUGGCUUGAAAGUGGCGAGGUACGGCGACCUGAUGAGGAGGUGCAACGACCUGCGAGAGGAUGAGAUCGCUCUUGAGGACAGACUAGAAGAUGGCGCAGGAGAAUCAAAUGGCUCCCUAGUGGCGAAAAUCAACUCUGCCAGGGCGGAGCUCGAUGCAACCGAAGCCGAACUCGCUCAAGCAGGCAUAGAUCUCACAACCGCCACUGCGACACUUCAGCAAACGUUUGUAUUCCUACACAGUGUUUUCAACACACAGUUGCUGGCUCCGUCGCCUUGGCUGUUCAAGCGUUCCUUUACCGCCAGGGCUCAUCAGAGAUUAUUGGACGCUCUUCUCCAUGCCCGUCUCUCGCAAUGGCCCGGUUCCAAGUUCCUGAGCGGAAACAGCACUCAUGACGACUACAAGCCCAUCUUCUACGAGCGUAGCCUUAGACUGUUGGUGCAAGCGUGCAACUUACAGCCGUCUGAUUCAAUUUUUGCGCUAGAAACGAGGCUUUCCCGUACAGAAAUGAACUUCCACGCCCUAGACUUCGCCAGAGACUUCGCUCAACGCGCCUACUAUCGCCCCAGCCAGUUCUGUCUCAACCACUGGAUUCCUUUUGUCAGGCUUUCAGGAGAUCUGCGCAGGAAGAUUCUGCCUCAGCAUACCAUUAUAGGAGCUGUAGGACCAUCUCGGCAAGGCAAAAGCACGCUGUUGACGCAGCUAUGGAGCUUCCCCGAGAGCGUCUUCGGCCCUGGUGCCGAAGACCGAUACCGCACCUGCGUCUCUCGCACAGCAACGCCCCCUAGAACCACAGAGGUGACAGUGGUCGACUUGCCUGGACUAGAUGAGCAGCUCGAAGCUGUGCGGCGAGAGACAGCUCAGACUUUCGGCAUUCUGGAUGUCUUCGUGGUAGUGCUAAGCUUCAGUAAUGUACACACAAUGGGAAGCGUUGAGCAAGCCUUGCGUUGGGUCGCCCAGCGCAUUGUCGAGCGGCGGCUUCCACCGUUCCGCAUUCUGCUCAACAAAUUUGACGACACGGUGGAGUUUCGCGAAGAUCCCCACUCAGCCAGAUACAAGGACAAGCUCGACAAAUAUGUUCGCACGAAAAUAGCAGACAUCCGAGAUCGCAAAGAACUGAUAGUUAGCCGUUUGGCGGAGUACCUUCGGGACUUGGGUGUCAACGACCAAGAAGUCCGAUCAGUCGUCAUGCUUUCUGCCCAAGGUCAAGAAGAAGGCCGCAGGAACAUGAUCGUUCAACGCCGAGAGAAGUUAGCUGACCUAGUCAAGGCAACAACGUUGAUUCCUAUAGCAGAAAACUGGGAUCCAAACGUUUUCACGCGGCCGACAUUCGAUGUCUUGUCAAGACUUUCCCCUGCAUCGGCCUCAGACCCGCAUGUUUGGACGCUAGGCCAUGUCAAAGAAUGGUUGCGAAGCGUGUGCUCCGACGCUUUUGGUCCUUGA